UGUAGCGUAUCUGUGUGUUAUAGCAUAUCUGUGUGUUAUAGCAUAUCUAUAAGUGCGUUAUAGAGUAUAUGUGCGUUAUAGUGUAUCUAUAUGUGCAUUAUAGCGUAUCUGUGUGUUAUAGCAUAUCUAUGUGUGUUAUAGCAUAUCUAUGUUAUAGCAUAUCUAUGUGUGUUAUAGCAUAUCUGUAAGUGCAUUAUAGCGUAUCUGUGUGUUAUAGCAUAUCUGUGUGUUAUAGCAUAUCUAUAAGUGCGUUAUAGAGUAUAUGUGCGUUAUAGUGUAUCUAUAUGUGCAUUAUAGCGUAUCUGUGUGUUAUAGCAUAUCUAUGUGUGUUAUAGCAUAUCUAUGUUAUAGCAUAUCUAUGUGUGUUAUACCAUAUCUGUAAGUGCAUUAUAGCGUAUCUGUGUGUUAUAGCAUAUCUGUGUGUUAUAGCAUAUCUAUAAGUGCGUUAUAGAGUAUAUGUGCGUUAUAGCGUAUCUAUAUGUGCAUUAUAGCGUAUCUAUGUGUUAUAGCAUAUCUGUGUUAUAGCAAAUCUAUAUGUUAUGGCAUAUCUAUAUGUGCGUUAUAGUGCAUCUAUAUGUGCAUUAUAGCGUAUCUAUGUGUUAUAGCGUAUCUAUAUGUGCGUUAUGUAUGCGUACACUUUUGAGAUCAGGCAGCAGAAUUUCAUUUUUAACGCCUGCCAGAGUCCCACAGGGGACAAAAAAAAUAUGAAAAUAAAGCAUCUCUGACUUAACUUUCACUUCCCACCGACUGCAAAAUAUCCUUGGCUUCCCGGGGGGGGGGGGGGCAACAACUACCCCACUUGCGCUUCUUCUAUAGACGAGGAGAGAGACCCUGGGCCGCCCGCACAAACCUUUUCCCGUCAAAGGUUCGAGACCCGAAGCUUCGGCAAAGGAAAAAAGCAGCCGGGGCGAAAGGGCACACAGGCAUAGAAGAGUCCCGCGGGGGGGAAAAGCAAUCGCCAUUUGUACCACGAAGCCCGGCCAUCACGGGGGGGGGGGGGGGCCGGAGCGAUUCCGACCGCCUCAGGCUACGCGUUAGGUAGGCGGGAGAAGCCGAGACGGGUUACCCCACCACGGCUGACAUCUUGAGCGGCCCCCUUUCCAGAGAAACGACCGUCUUUCUAAGCCUGGAAAGGGGGGGGACGGUAGGAAGAGGAGGCGCGUCCCGUUGAGCGGCCCCAAUAACGAGAUUUUCUGCCGCGAGAGGGGAGGCUUUUGUAGCCGCCUCAGCUGAGGAUUCUCGACCUUCUUAGUAUCCAUGAAGAAACGUUCCCCGAACAUGACCUCUUAUAAGUUGCAAGUUUAUUUGGAACUCUUGUUUCAAUUGUGCUGAGAGAGUUAUAUUCAAGCCAUCCUCAUCAUAAAAACUGGAAAGACUGAAGCGGUGAUCAAAAACUUCAGCCCACACUAUAAGCGCCAAUAUGCUGUAUCCUUUUGCAAGUACAUCCAGAAUGAGCUGGAACAAAACAGAGAUCUGCAGUCUCAAUUCUUAAAAAUAAAGCCACCUGGAUCAUCCAGCAUGGUCCUUUAUGAAGGAGAGGUGUCACAUUUUGCCGAAGACCUGAAGAAAUGGAAAGAGAGAUACAUCGUCAUUAAAAAUAAUUACGCUGUGGAAAGCUUUGAAAGCAAAGAGGCAUUUCAGAAAGGAGUAAGUUCGAAAUCUUGCAUUCUCCCAGUCGGAGGCAAAGUGCUAAUUACGGGGGAAGAAUAUAACACGCUAUCUGAUAAGCAUUUUCCAGAACCUAAUGGUUCCAGUGAAAAGGAGAAUACCCAGGCCUUUGUUGUCCCUCCAAAGGAAUUUCCAGUCUACCUGUGGCAGCCUUUCCUUAGACAUAGUUAUUACUGUUUUCCGGAUUCAGAAGCCCAGAAGAAAUUCAGCGCUACGUUGAAUGAUUGCAUUAGGCAUUUAAACCAUGCUCAUUUCAAGCAGCCUUCCUUUGAAAGUCAAGCAUUUUUAGAAGCGGUCCAGUUUUUCCGUCAGGAGAAAGGCCAUUACGGACUGUCAGAAAUAAUUAUAGGAAAUGAAAACCAGAUUCUUAGCAACCUUGUGAUGGAGGAACUCCUCUCCAGCCUUCAGAGCAUGGUGCUCCCUAAAAUGAAAGGGAAAAGGAAUGAGCGAAAGCGGGCGUGGUUUGGUAUUCUAGAAGAAACAUAUCAUUUGGUACAUGAUCAGGUAUCGGAUGGAUUACGUGCUCUGAAAGAAGAAUGCAAAGAGGCCACUCGAGGACUAGAGGGAACUAUUCGUUCAAACAUAGACCAGAUUGUGGCUUCGAAAGACUUUCUGGCUACGAAAAUAAAAGGGAGCAUAACUGAACCUAUCCAGAUCUGUUGCAGUGAAAGUAUUCAGCCCUUUUUAGCUUCUGUACUGGAGGAACUCAUGGGGCCAGUGAGCUCCGGAUUCACCGAAAUCUGCCUGCUGUUUGAAAAGGAAGUCAACGCAAUCAGCCAAACCUUUCAAGCAACAAAUGAUGUUGCAACACUUAAUGAGAAUGUGAAUCGCCUGACGAACCUGCCAUACGACUCUGUCAAAAUGGAGCCAUGCUAUCUAAAAGUCAAUUUUCUUCAAGAGCAACACCAGGAUCUCAAGACCCGCUUCAAAUUCCACAACAUCGACUUAGUUAUCCAGAGGACACACAAUGUAAUGCAGGAGAUUCUGGAAAAUGCAGUAUAUACAUUUGAGCAGCUACUGGGUUUAAAUCACUCCAAAGACGUAACCAAAACGGCAACAGCCAUAGAAAAAGUCAAACUUCGUGUUCUUAAGCAAUAUGAUUAUGAUAGCAGUACUAUCCGGAAGAGGAUAUUUCAGGAUAUAUUGAUCCAAGUCACUCUGCCCACACUUCAGCGGACAUUGGCUUCAACGUGUAAACCGAUGCUUCAGGAGUACGAACAGUACAUCUUUGCUGAAUAUAACAGUUUGAUACAAGUUGAGAAUGUCUACGAAGAGAUUCUGUUUCAGACGUUGCUUGAUGAAUCCUUAAAAGUGAUAAAAGAAGCAGUCCAUCUGAAGAAACAUAACCUUUAUGAGGAAAUAAACCUGCCCUCUGAAAGCGUGUCCAGUUUGAGCGAUCUAAAAACUCCUGUAGAAUCAGCACAGGCUAGCCCAGUUAGAGAGCCAGCCCCCAAUUUGAUGGAUGACUCCGAUGCUUGCCUUGAAAGUAAUGAAGUUUUCUUAGCAGAAAAACUCCGUCAAGAAGAGGAAUGUGAUGAGGCUAGGAAGACAAAAGAAGAGGGGGUGAUAAUUUCAGUUUUCAAUGGCAGUGAAUCAACUCCCAAAAUACUUACUGUUGUAGAGGGAGCCCUUCCAAUCACAAAUGUCAGUGAAAGCACAAUGAAACAGAGUAAAGGAACAGCAGAAGAGCCUCCAGUUCAUGACAAUGUGAAUGAAAUUAGAAAUCUGUUGACCCUGACUGUUGAACUGAAAGAAUAUGAACAGUCUACGAACAAAGAACAAGAUUUACAAGAGUGUAGAACCUCAAACUCAAAGGAAGAAGCAGAAGACAAGAGUCAAGAGGAUUAUCAAACAGGUGAUUUGCAGAAGCCCUGUUCUCCCACUGUAAAGGCGGAUGAUACAAAUAUUGUAAGUAGCUCUGGGGAAACAAGCACCAUAGUUCAUCAGGAUGCUCCUGAGAAGCGUGAUGAACAACGUCCCAGUGAUAUCUCAAGGGAAGAACCGAAAGAAUAUGAACAGUCUACGAACAUAGAACAAGAUUUACAGGAGUGUAGAAUGUCAAACCCAAAGGAAGAAGAGAAGAGGCAAGAGGACCAUCAAACAGGUGAUUUGCAGAAGCCCUGUUCUCCCACUGUAAAGGCAAAUAUUGUAAGUAGCUUUGGGGAAACAAGUACCAUAAUUCAUCGGGAUGCUCCUGAGAAGCGUGAUGAACAACGUCCCAGUGAUAUCUCAAGGGAAGAACUGAAAGAAUAUGAACAGUCUACGAACAAAGAACAAGAUUUGCAGGAGUGUAGAACGUCAAACUCAAAGGAAGAAGCAGAAGACAAGAGUCAAGAGGACUAUCAAACAGGUGAUUUGCAGAAGCCCUGUUCUCCCACUGUAAAGGCGGAUGAUACAAAUAUUGUAAGCAGCUCUGGGGAAACAAGCACCAUAAUUCAUCAGGAUGCUCCUGAGAAGCGUGAUGAACAACGUCCCAGUGAUAUCUCAAGGGAAGAACUGAAAGAAUAUGAACAGUCUACGAACAAAGAACAAGAUUUACAGGAGUGUAGAACGUCAAACCCAAAGGAAGAAGCAGAAGACAAGAGUCAAGAGGACUAUCAAACAGGUGAUUUGGAGAAGCCCUGUUCUCCCACUGUAAAGGCGGAUGAUACAAAUAUUGUAAGUAGCUCUGGGGAAACAAGCACCAUAAUUCAUCAGGAUGCUCCUGAGAAGUGUGAAGAACAAAGUCCCAGUGAUAUCUCAAGGGGAGAGUUGAACGCAGAGCCAAACGUUGCACAUCCAGAUGAAAAGAAUGAUGUUACCUAUGACCAGUCUCAAACAGAGCCGUCUACUGAAAGUGGACAAUCUGACCAGAGUAAAAUAGGCCCUUCACCUCAUAAUAUUGUGUCCGAAGAACAGAACUCGCAAACUGAGUAUGCUGAAGUUCAACAACCCGACCAGAUAAGAGAAGGAUUUUCCUCUCUCCAUUCUUUUCCAAAGGAAGAUCAUUCCCAAAUGGGACAAUGUAUUCAAGCAGAUUCUCAGGGAGCAGAACUGUCCCUUCUGCAAUCUGUCCUGAGGGAAACAGAGAUGUCACCCUUCUUGUGCUGUUCUGUUGAAACUCAACAAAGCAUGUUGCAUACAGAAUCUUCAAGUACCGACUCACCCCCUCUCCUAGUUUCCUUAGACGUGAAAGAAACUGAGGUUAACAAUAUGGAAAGCGUGGACUCGGGAAAUCCCACUUUUGAUCAACGGGGUGAUCCUGGACAAGGAGGUGAGUCCUUGCUGCAAACGGAUGCCGCAGAUAUAAUUAAAAGUGAUAAAAGUUGAAAAAAGAAAUACAGAGGGCAACUGUUCUGAUUCACUACUUACGAAAUGGAAUUUUGUAAAUUUAAAGCCUGAGCCUAAGUUAUGAUUACUUUCCUUAAAACUAGAAUGGAGAGACUUAUUCAAAAUUCACAGCCUACUUGAGAGCCAUCUUUUAAUUUGAACCCGUGGCUUUCUGAAAAUUUGCAUUGUUUGAAUAAUACUCUUGUGCCACUUGCUUCUUCUUGACACUUACUCAUUCAGAAAUGAAUCAUGAAAGAAUCAUCACUCAAGUAGUGAAUAAUUUUGCAAACUAACCAGUUAUAACUUGGUUGAAUGUUUAGCCUUUCCUAUUUUUUUGAAAACACAGUUCAUUGGGAAUAUGGAUUGCCCUGUUGACAAUGAACAAUCUAUUUGUGAAUGACAAAUAGCGACUCUCAGUAGAAUUUAGAAGGAAGUGCUAAAAUCAGGUGUUGCAAGAGAGAGAAAAAUAUUACGUGAUAUAUAAUAAAGGAAAAAAGGAAGGCAAAUCUUUAACAGAAGUAAUAGUAAAAAUUUCCUUACUGGAAUCUUAUGGAAGAUAAUUGUAUAUAGUGUUUUGAAUUUUCAUAGGUAUAUUGUUGUUUUUUGUACUUAAAAGCUUUGGCAGAUAUUUUGAGAAUGGAGAGAACUAAUUCCUCUUCUUUUACCAUUGUUACUGUUGCUAUAUUUAAAAUUUACCAGAAUAAUUGAAAGAGAUUUUUCUAUCCUAUUUUUCUAUAUCUUCUUUUUUUUUUCCAAAGGGAAUGACAAAUUUUUACUGUAAUCUGUGCCACGCACAAAAAUGAAACAGAAGCAAGCCAGCCAGUAAUUAAUAAUCCACACCUCAGUAUCGUGGCAGUCCAUUUUUCCUAAUAUUGAAUUCUAUUCCUGCACCUGUAAGACAGUUUCUUUGUUAUUUAUUUGAGACCAUUUAUUCUGAUUGUGCUAAUUAAGGAGACAAGAAGAAGUCGUAGGCCAUUGGAUCAGCCCAAAGCCUGGGAACUAAUUUGGCUAGAAGACUGGAAACCACCAUGUCUUUAAUUGUUCAUGUGCAGUGUAGUUGAAUAAUGCCUGCCUGUUUCCCCUUUUUAUGUCUACAAAUAAGAGGGCUUCAGAUAUUCAAUGACUCUUCCAGAGUAGGACAGGGCAUUUAUAACUCCACUCCUCCGACUCUCAACU